AUGGCAGAAGGGAGGAGGGCAGCCUGGUGGGCCGAGCCCGGUGGGAAGGCGGGCCGGGAGGAAGUUGGAGGGAGACGGGCCGCGGGUGGGAGUCGGGCCGGCCGGGAGCAGCGGGCCGAAACCAACCAGGCCGGGGUGACGUGGGCCGAGCAGGGACGAGCUGGGUCCCCAGCGGUCGGGCCAAACCCGGUCGGACCGAGACUGGUCGGACCAAACCCGGUCGGACCGAGACUGGUCGGACCAAACCCGGUCAACCGAAACUGGUCGGGCCGAAACUGGUCGGACCAUGAUCGAACCGGUCCAGCCGUCGGGGUAUCCGAACCAGGCGAGCAGCAGGGGCUACCCGGGUCCGCAAGGCCAGUUCGACGAGUACUGUGGGCCCCUUCCUUCUUCUGCAAUGCAGCGGGGCGUCGGGAAGGAACCCAGGAGGACGUGGACGGGUGA